CAGGUUAUGUCAAAAAAAAUUUUAUCUUUUGUGCUCCAAGUUAUUUGCUGGUUAUUUGUUUCUUUCUGUGCAUAAUCUGUAAUAUAUCUGUGAGAAUUACUAAAUUUCAGGGUUUUAAUUAUCAGUUUUACCACAUUGAAUCUAUUUGUUAUUGAAAAUUUAUUCGCCCCGAUUUUACUCCAAGGGUUGCGAAUCUUCACUGCCCGCUGUAUUUAUUAUUGUUGCAUAGUUUCAUCUCUGCUAAGACGUAGCGGAAUCAUUUUAUAGCCAGGAUGAAUGAAGAUAUUCCCUCAUCAUAUGAUGUCAUUGUCGUGGGCACAGGUAUGACAGAAUCUAUUAUUGCAGCUGCUGCUAGUAGAGUUGGGCAAAGAGUUCUUCACUUGGACAGUAACUCAUACUACGGUGACCUGUGGGCAACGUUCAAUUUCAAAGGAAUUGAGGAAUGGAUUAGCAGUCAGUCCCCUAAGGUCUCAGAAGAAAAUUUGAUUGGUUCCUCUGGUUUCUCUGUUCCUGAAAACUGUUCAUGUUUACAAAUCAAAAACGUUGGAUCACUGGUUUCGAACAUAGAGGAAAGAUUUUUCAUAGAAGAUAAAGAAGAAGAAACACCAGAACCAACAAUCGCCGGUUCAAGCGCCAAUAAAGAUUUAGAGCAGGUCCCAGAUGACAAUGCAUCCGGACCUACAGAAGAACCUCAAGAAAUCAAACCGACUCCAAGUGAGCCUGUUGAACCCGAAAAGCAGGAGGUCUCCUGGAGCCAAAAAACAUUCCUAGAAAAUAGUCGUAAAUAUAAUCUAGACCUUGCUCCUAAGCUACUUUUCGCCAAAGGUUCAUUAGUUGAACUUUUGAUAUCAUCAAAUAUCGGUCGCUAUACUGAAUUCCGCAGCGUGACACGUGUUCUAACGUGGAUAAAUAAUCGACUGCAACCCGUCCCAUGCUCUCGAGCGGAUGUUUUUGCAACUACUGAUGUUAGUGUGGUAGAAAAACGCAUGCUCAUGAAAUUACUUACAUCUUUCACUCAGUCUGACUCCUUUUCAGGACAAAACAUUUUUGGAAUUUCUAAAGAGCAAGAAGUUGCCAAACAACCUGAUUCAUUAUGUACUUCACGCCAUUGCCAUGGGAACAGAAAAAACUUCGUUUAAAGAAGGACUAUCCCGAUCUCAGUUAUUCCUUAGCAGUUUAGGACGAUAUUCCAACUCACCAUUUCUGUGGUCUAUGUAUGGAAGCGGAGAGCUUCCUCAAUGCUUUUGCCGGCUUUGUGCAGUAUUUGGUGGGAUUUAUCACUUGAAGAAAGGUGCUGAAGCAUUGGUCAUUUCAGAUAGUGAUAACUCUUGCAAAGGCAUCGUGUCGGAAGAUCAAAUAUUCUCGGCUCCUCAUGUAGUUUUAGGUGUAAGUUCAUUCCCGAAAUCUUUCUUAGUCAAUCCUGAAAAGAAGGGUCUGUCAAGAGGAAUUUUUGUAACUGACAGGUCCAUCUUACCAUCGGAGAAAGAACAACUAACUCUGCUUCAAUACCCAAUCAAUAACAGGCUGAUUACUGUGAUAGAAGUUGGACCCGCCACAUGUGCAUGUCCAACAAAUCAAUAUGUCGUUCACAUGACUUGUAAACAGGAAGUAUCUGCUCAAGAAGACUUAUUACCUAUUGUUUCCAAUUUAUUUAAUCCAUUUACACUUGAAGAUGAUGAAAAAUCGGCUGAUGCAGCAGUGAAGGGUGACUCAGCAGAAAUUAGUGAAAAUUGGAAGCCACGUUUGCUUUGGGCCCUCUAUUACAAUGUUUUGGAUACCUCUCCGCAGUUUUUCAGCCCCAGUGUACCAGCAAAUGUUCAUCUUUGUUCUGGACCUGACGGUGAUCUUGAUUUUGAUGCCUCUGUUAAUCAGGCUAAGUCAAUUUUCUCGAGAAUUUGCCCUGAGGAAGAGUUCUUACCUCGUGCUCCUGAUCCUGAGGAAAUAGUCCUAGAGGAUGCAGAACCUGCUGAAGAGGAAAAACCGGAAGAGAGUUCAGAGAAAGAGACUACAAAUGAGACUGCAAAUCAAGAGAAUGAAUGUCUUUCAUCUGAACAAGAAGCCAACGUGCAAGAAAUUCAAACAGAAAAAUAGAAGAGAAAAAUUUGCCCUAGAUAAUUAUUCCUCACAAAGGAUGCACAGGAUUUAUCAUCUCACCACCCCUUUGAUUCAAUUUUCAAAAUUCUAAGGACAUUUACUGCGAAAGCUCUGCAAAAUAUCAGUUACCAUCACUUUAAAUUUGAUCUUGAAAGUUUUUGAGCUGUAAAAGCACCAUGUUAUAGUGAUAAUUGCAAAACGGAUACAUGAUGAUUUACAGUAUUCACUUGUCCAAUUCUGCUAGGGGUAAUUCCAACCAUUUUACCGUCAAAUUUUUCACAAUGAUACCUGAACUACCUUAGAAUGGUUUAAGUUUUUUGGCCAAUCUAUGGAGAAUGUCUUGGAAUUUGAAAUUAUCCAAAUGUGGGAGUGGCAUUUGAACGCCGUAUGAAAGUUUGUGAAAUCUUAUUUGGCCGCCUAAUAAAGUAUAACUAGAAAAUUCCAUCAUUUAAUUUCUACACCUGUGCUAGUCUAGAAUGGCUCCAACAAUCAGACGACUUCAACCAUAAUCAGUUUAACUAUUUCAGGCAUUGCCUGACCUUCCUUUUAUGUUUUAUUUUUUCAACAGGAAGAUAAUAUACAUUUCGACUUGAAAUGUGGAUAUUAUUCUCUAUAAGACCAAUGAAAUGUACAGAGAGCUUGAAGGCAUUAUGUUGUUAGGUUCUGUGUUAAAAAAUAUAUCUUGAUUGGAAUUAGGCAACAGUUAGGCUGAUUCCGGACAGAAUCAGCUAUAUUUCCUACUUUGUUAUCUUCUGAUGAGAUUUUCACUCUAAUUUUUCUAAUUACUUAAAGAAUUUCUCAGGGCCUCCUCAGUUGUGAUUCCUGCAUGUUGACAACUCAGAAAUUCCGAUCUACUUAUUUGCCUUUUACAGUCACUGUGUGCGAAAUCAAACUUUGCUGUUUUUAAGCAUGAUGUCAAAAACCAAAGAUUUUAGAUUAUUUUUUAGAAGUGGCGUCAUUAACUUCGAAAAGUUAAUUUUUGAUUUACUGUAUGAUUUUUAACAUUCACGAUUUGCUCUCUCUCAUGCUGAUUAUUUAUGUGUAUGUUAAUGUGUAUUUUAGCAAACACCCAAAACAAACUUGUUAUUUUCUAGAUAAUUUUGUACGUCACUUUUUUUGAGCCUUCUUUGACCACUCAGUUUAAUUUAGCCAGAAACUUUUGUUCAUUUUUCAUCAUCUUCUAAUUUUUUCAAGUAGGCCCCUUGAGCUCAAUAAAUGGCAUGAAUUUUCUCUUUUUCAAUUUAUUGGAUUCAAAAGAUUAUUUUCCUAAACUGCUUAAUGGACUACUAGACAGGGUCUGAACUGAAUAUUAACAUCACAUAAAUUCUCUUCAAAAUUUUCAUAGAAAACGUACCUUACGAUGGGAAUUUCGUAAAUCAAUUUCUGAAUGAGAUAUUUGCAGAUAUUUCGUACAUUUGUCAUUUAAUCAAUGUUAUCAAAUUUUGUAGAUACUUAUUCUUACCGAUUUUUCUAAAAUUGUUGAUACUUUUACACUACCGCCAUUUCGAGGAACCGCUCAUCGUCAGGUGUUUAAAAAAAUUUUAUAAAAUCUAAAAUUAUGGUGCGCUUUCACAAUCAUGAGAAGUCGUUCGGUAUCCGCAUUCGCGUUCAUGAUGUGACUGAUAAUGUGACCGAUUUAUAAAAAUUUUUAAACACCUGAAGAUGAGCGGUUGCUCAAAACGGCCGUACUGUAAAAAGUAUCAAAAAUUUUAGUAAAAUCGGUAAGAAAAAGUUUCUACAAAAUUUGAUCAAGUAUGGCCGAUAAAGUUAACAAAAGAAGUGAUUAUCAAUGUUAAUUAUGAUCACUUAUUUCUUGUUUAGGAGUUGAUUUUCAGACCUCCCUUUGUGUGAUUCGUUUUCAUCGUGAAAUUUUAAAGAGGAAACAUCUUGCACAGUGUUUUCAUUUGUACCUUGUCUAUAGCCUCAUUGUAACUUAGAGGAUCUAACAGAGGCAGGAGAAAAUACCAUUUUUGUCAUUUUAAUUAAGGGACAGAUGAAGAGCAAGCCCUUUGAUUGCCCCGCAGCAGGCUGAAUUUCACUUUUUAAAAAAUAUUCAAAUGUUUCAUUCAAAUUGUAAAAAUUAAAUCGUCAGUUUUCUUUUUCAAAUGCCUCACUGUUCUAAUUUGUACAAGUAGGAAGUAUAUCAUAUAGGUACUCAUAUUCGUAACGCCUUGUCUCCACGGGAUGUUCCCCAUGUUCGAAUCGCAGGAGUGAAACUUCUGGGCUUUUUUCCUGUUAAAAAACUUAACAAAAUCUCUUCUUCUUCUUUUUAUAUCAUUUCUGGGACUCCGCUAGAACUCUUAGUUGCCACUGUGAUUAGUAUUGACUAACUCAAUAUUUUUCCCAACUUCGCAAGUGAGAUUUUUCCCUGGGACAAAUCCCUUGAAACGUCCCGUGGAGACAAGGCCUAAUGCAACAAAAUGCUCUGCUGGACCUGAAAUAUAAUCCAAGCUCAAGGGACUGCCACAAGCACAGACUUAUUUAAUUUUCAAAUGUUUCUGCACAAUAAACUGCCUUCAUUAUAGUUCAGCCAACUGGAAGCUGUGGCACAAAUUUUUUUUUUUUUUUUUUAAUUUUUAUGAUUGUUAUUGUGUUUUGUUUGUUAAGUAUUUCGAAAGUAAAUAUUUUAUUUUAUUGCUCUA